GUGAAAACAAGCUUCUUGUAAAGAACAACUAAUAGUGAGAACUUCAUAAUCCAUCAUCUCUUCAUCAUGAUGCUGCUUCUUCAUAUGCUAAUGCUGUCGCUUCUCUCCGGCGGUUCAGCCAAUGUUGUGCAGGAUUUUGAAAGUGCAUGUGGUCAAUUUUUUGCAAACAGCAAAUCACCAACAAGAAUUUCUGGAUCACAAUAUAGGCAGAUCUGCCAAACUUUAAAUAAUGUUGUUUAUUAUGCCACAUUCUACAACACUAACAAGAAGAUUCCUGUGUACUCAGCCUACACGUUUGAAGGGCUAAAGGUCUGCACAAGACUAGACAAGUGGUACAUUGAACCUCAACUUGACAAAAAUAAAACAUCACCAAACAUGACACCUGAAAAUGAUGUGAAAGUACAACAACUUGGAGACCAUCAAGCUCUCAAUGGAGACUACGAGAAUUCUGGUUUCGACAAAGGUCAUCUGGCACCAGUCUACCAGGCACAGUCACAGAAGUGUGCUGAUGCCACCUUCACUCUCACCAAUGCUGCUCCACAAAACCCCUCUUUUAACCGAGGUCAGUGGAGGGUACUAGAAAAAGAAAUUGCAACUAAUCUGUCCAAUCGAUGUCUACCGAAGAAGUAUUCUGUUUACAUUGUGACAGGGGUGGUACCAGGUGUUGGUAAAAUAAAGAAUAGAGUGAUCGUGCCUAGUCAUUUCUGGACUGCAUACUGCUGCUUAGACAACAAUAACAAAUGUCAGAUCUCAAGCGGGUUUAUUGGAAAGAAUGAGAAUGUUACUCCCAACGAAACAACUGUGAAUGAUUUAAAGAAAGAGUUGGCAAAACUUUAUAAUGUUGCUUCAUUUGAGUUGUUUGAUGGAGCUACAGAUCCCCCAGCGAAGAAACAAUGCGAUUCAAAAAAUGAAAAUAAGCUCUGUCAAAAUAAAGCACCAGUGAGCUUUUGUCUGAAAGAGAAACUUUAUCAAAUGUCCUCUUUGCUGUUAUUGUUACUUCUGACUGAAUUAUUAUAAUUGUUAGUGGAAUCAUGAAGAAAAUCCUGCUCAUGCUUUGAAGAGGUUUACUAACAGGACUGUGAAAAUCCUUAAGAACUUCAGUUUUAUGUGUAAUUCUGUAAUUCUUUCAGUUCUGUAGUUAAUGAUUGAAACCAUUAUAAUGUGGAUAAAUGGAGUGCAUCAUAUAUUACACUAAUAUGAAAUAAAGAAGGGUUUUUUUGUUUUGUUUUUGUUUUUGGUUU